AGUUGCGAGAAGGUGUCAAUGAGCAGACCAAAACAAAAAAAAAAAACAAAAGCUGAAAUGUUUACGAAGAAGCCAAGACAGGUUCGGUUAACUGAAAACUCUGACUGACUUGGAAUGUAAUUCAAAGAAUACAACAACAAAUUUCAAUUUGUUCCAGCACACGCUGUUUACUCGUCAAAGCUGACAAGGCAUGAACAACAUGUGGAAUUGUCAGUGACAAAGACAAUACCAGCAUUACCAUUGACAACGAUAGAGCACAAUUUACAACAACAAACGAGUGACUAAAAACAUUUAUCUAAGCAACAAAGUAAUGCGAAAGCGAGCGGUGAGAAAUCUUCAAGCCGAAUGCGAAACAAUUGUGCCGACAUGUACGCGAUUAAAUUAUUAUAAUUAUUAUAAUUAAAAGAGCAAAUCAUUCCAAAAUUCUCAGUGGGCAUAGUGGAUUUGAAGUACAACGCAGCUGUUAGAAACAAGUUACAUUGGGCUUGGAGUAGGGGGAGGAAUAAUGUAGGCUAUUUGCCUCUUAAUAUGAAAGAUACUCGUGUUUAAACAAUAACAAAUACAACUGUGCCUUCGAUAUAAGUAUUUACACAUAUUUUGGAAAACAGAAGUGCAGAUCUCGUCUUAAUAAAUAUUUUUUUUGCAAUCGAGUAAAGAAAAAUAAUUGAGGCCGAACUAAAUUAUAUAAAGUAUCCGGCCAUGUGGGUCUUACAUAAACAUAUUCAGCUUAAGUUGAAACCUCUUUUGCACAUGAGCAAGAGUCGUGAACGCUGAAGCAGGAGUCAAUAUAUUGGGUAGUCUAAUACUUGGACUUGUACAACACUUUAGACUGUUAUUUUGAUUACAUCUCUGAUAUGUUUGCUUUGCUGUAUGCCUUAUCGCCGUGCAGCUGGUUCAGUUCGUAAGAGAAAAGAGAGUUCCGAAAACAAUGACCAAUAUGAAAUGAUUUUUUGAUGCUAUUAGAAAUGGGACUACUAUUACAGUGAAACUGUUCAUGUGUAUAUCGAGUGAUUACUUAUUUGUAAAAUGUCUUGAUUGCCCAUAGCACAUUUAUUUGGCACAACAGCAAUGUUAAGCUACCGAAAAAUGUCAAUUAAUUAGCAACAUUUUUUGGCAAUAACAUACAAAAACCAUGGACCGAACUGAGAUUGAAAGAAGAAAUCCUGUUACCAAAAAUAUCAGCUGCAGCCUUACAGUGGUCAAAGAGGUAAAACUUCACGGAUAAGCGCACGAAACUGUGCUUCAAAUUGGCUAAAGUAUAACAUAAAGAGAAUCAAUAAUCGCUUAAGAGAAUAAGAGAGCACAAUAAGAAGAGUAUAACAGAUGCGGGGAGUGUAUUAUUAUGCGUAAUAGUUAAGUAAAUUGAAUAGAAUUGUUUGAUAAAAGUGCUUUAUUUAUAUGUAAAUAUAAGUUUGUUGUGUUUUUACACCUGAGAGCCGUACUCAAUCUAACGCAUCACUUCGGGUCACCUGAUGCUCGAUUUAGGGACACGCUCAAAGCUUCAGCGUUCACUUGCAAAACACGUGGUUAUGUGUAUGUAUGUGUGCACGUCGUUAGUCUACUAUGCUCUUCGUCUGGCGGUCGUAGGCAGCGAACUCUACGACGCCGAAGGGAUGAAAGUACGCCGCGCUUUUCGACCACGCGGUGACGAAGGCAAGCCAACAGCCUGGCAAGCGACACUCAUCGAAACAGUUUAAGCUCGAAAAUCCUUCCGAGAGGAUGUUGAAAUAUUACCGACGCGCUUGAAACUCAAACGGUUCAUAUAACAAACAUUGUGUAAAUAAUUCAUUAUGGAAACAAAUGAAGAAGAUAAAUAUCUGAAUGAAUUUAUUAAGUUAUUCUAACAGAAUUUACAUUUAAACAAAUAUUCAAUACGAUUGAUAUAAAUGUUAACAUACGCAUGUUCAAAUAUCAAGUGUUGAACGUUUUGUCUGUGUAUUAGUGAUGUUUCAAAAAGUUAGAAAGCCGAACACGCAUUCAAAGUGGUGCAAAUGGAUUAAGAUGUGAUUACUUUGUUUGAAUAAUAAAAAGUCUUGGCACAUGAAUGUGAAAACCAGUUAAAGGGAGGGAAAAUAAAAAUUCGACAAAUAAAUUUGAGAAAGCCAAGUAAUAGUGUCAGAUCGAUAAAGUGGUGACAAUCGAGCACGUGUCCAUAUUGUCAACUGUAUGUCACCCAUUUGUGGAUUAUAUAUAUUGACGGCCAAUAUAAUACAUCUGGAGUUAUAAUUGGUAUGAAGUGGUGAAACAUAUUCAAUGUGAUCGUGUAAAUAUACGAUAAGGUGAAAAGUGAAUUGCAAAAACAAGAGUGAUAAACAAAAAGGAAAAGGUUUUGAGAAAGUGGUCCGAAAUCAUUUGCGAGAAGUGAAAGUUAUAAACGAUAUUUACAAUUAUAGUAAUCUUGAAAUUAACCAAUUUAAAAAAUGUUUACAGAUAAAUGGGUGAAGUGGUAGUAAACAUUGUUGUAAAACGUAUGAAGAGUGCAAAUAUAUAUAAUAUAAAAGCAACAAUCGAAUAUACUAUAAGCCAAUAGCCGCUGCCACUUUCCGGACCCCUUUGUGUCAAUCGAUAACUCUGGCUGUGUGUUGAAGAUUUCACCUACUGAAUCAACAAUUUAAGCAAAUACGCAUAAUUUGUUAUCAAAAGGCGUAGCUAGCAUAGAUAUUCUUGGAAUUAAUGAGAUUGCCGUGUACUCCAUGAACGAACCUCUGCUCGGUUAAAAUAAAACGCCAAAAAUAAAUUUCCAUCCUCUCGUGAUUUCAAUGCCACAUUCUGUUGUCACGAGAAGAAGAACGUAAAUAUGUAUAAAAUAAUCGACUCCUGCGUCGUAAACAUCAGCGCAAUUACAAGCGUGUUUGGCAAAGAGAGUAGAAAAGCUAAAACUGCUCGCGACUAAGGCUUGGUAUUUCGAGCAUAAACAUAAACAUUGACACAGCGGUCGCGACGUGCGGGGUGUGAAGGUACACAAAUUGCUGUCGCAAAUUAAAAGGCAAUCAUGUUGAUGGAUUUCUUGCGUCGCUUCGGUUUGCUCUUCAGCACCCAUUUGCUGCUGCUCAUGCUGCUAGAGACCAAAACAAUAUGUGGCGAUGUGCCGCCUCACUACUGGGAAACUCCUUACUCUCAGCCCUACUUUGACAACUCAUCGAGACGUGAAGUGACGGCGACGGUGGGCCAGGCAGCCUUGUUGCACUGCCGUGUUCGCAAUUUAGGCGAUAGAGCGGUGUCCUGGAUACGUAAACGUGACUUGCAUAUACUCACCGUCGGUAUACUCACCUACACAAAUGACCAACGAUUUCAAUCGCUGCACACCGAAGGCUCGGAUGAGUGGACACUACGAAUAUCGUCACCGCAGCCAAGGGACUCGGGCACAUAUGAGUGUCAAGUGUCCACAGAGCCAAAGAUAAGUCAAGGAUUUCGACUGAACGUAGUAGUAUCUCGCGCGAAAAUUCUUGGCAAUGCGGAGCUUUUCAUCAAGAGCGGCAGUGACAUAAAUCUCACCUGUCUCGCCAUGCAAUCGCCCAUACCGCCAUCCUUUAUAUACUGGUAUAAGGGCAAACGAGUGAUGAAUUAUUCACAACGUGGCGGCAUCAAUGUCAUAACGGAACGUUCCACUCGCACCAGUAAAUUAUUGAUAGCCAAGGCAACGCCAGCCGAUUCGGGGAAUUACACAUGCUCGCCCAGCAGUUCAGAUUCAGCAUCGGUGGUUGUACACGUCAUCAAUGGCGAGCAUCCGGCCGCCAUGCAACACGGCAACAGCAGCGCUAAUCGCCUCUCCAGUGCACUACAUGGAGGUCUCCAUCAAAUGGUCCGACGCGCGCUCACCGCACUCGCCGCAAGCUUUACCACAGUGACAACGACAACAACACCAUUUCAAAGUGAAAAUCUUCUAGUCACCGGGGUGCUGAAGCGACAGACAGUAUGGUCCGUAACACUUCUGCGGCGCUUGCUACAACGGCUGCUGCUCGCCGCGGCCACAACGAAUUGGUGCAUCGUGACCGUGGGCUGGCUGCUAUCCAAGUGGGCUCUGCAGUGCGGUCAACGGCAAAUACAACUACAGCGACGACAGGACCAUGAACAGAGUAGGCAAGUGCGACGGCCACUGGAGACCUGGUGCUGGUGGCAUCGGCGGCGACGGAGUGCUGACGCUCCGGUGCUCAGGUGAUUGCAAAAUUGAGCAAAAGAGCGCAAAUAAUUUUGAGUGGGCAAAUACAAUGACAUGGAUAGGAGCGGAGUGACUGCGAUUUUACAGAUUUAGUAAUUGUAGUUGUAAUUGUAUAUAUCUAGAUAUGUGUAUAAAUAUCAUUUAUUGCUUUUUACCGUUCUGUUGCACCAAUCACACUACUCGACUAAGCAGAAUUCCUUAUACAUACAUAUGUUCGAUCCAUUUCAAUAUUGAAUUAGUGUGAUUGGGUUGCGCUGGAGCGCAGUGAAAUGAUUUUCUGCGACACCUUAGUCUUUAUUUUCACUCUGAUUGGGUUACAAUGCGAUUUUAAUUUUCCCGAUAGCAUUGCAGUAUGAACUGACAUCAUUGUAAUCGAAUCACAACUUGUAUGCAACAACAACAAAAUUUCAAAUUGAUGAUGUUAAAUAAAUGAAUGAAUGAGUGCAUGUGCGGGUGUAUAAUUAUUGGAUGAAUUGGUUCGUAAGAGAUGUUAGAACAAUAAUUCGUGAAAACAACGCAUUUCUAAUUGUAGGGUAAAGGGGAUUGUAAUUGUAAUUGAAUUAGAAAAUGUCCCGUUAUAAAUGUGUAUGAUAAAUACUAAACUUUUAUGUGGUUAAGAAUUAAAAAGAAAUUAAAUGCUACCAAUUAGUAAAGACUAUAGAAGUAAUUAAACAUUGAAAUCUCAAACAGUAUUGCAAUCAACGAAGAUGUGAAAAUAGUGUUGGUGAAAAUUGUUUUAAGUGUUUUCAUGACUUUUUAAUGUUUAAGAAAAUAAUAGCAUUUUGAUAAGGCACAUAAAUGUUCGGCGCAAAUUAGCUAUACUUUCUUAAAUUUCCGAAAUCAUUUCACUACUUCGUUACAUUGGCCAUAGAUUUACAAGGUGGAAGCUAAAUGCCCGAACACAAAUAUAGAAUUACUGAGUUCUGAUAAAUCAAUAACUGUUUAACGGAUAUGUAUUUGACAUCUUUUGUUCGCUUAAUACGGCAUUUGCAUCUAUGCAAAUACUACACAUAUCUUGGUCUUAGUUGGUGUGGAAUUUCAACCAAUUUUGCAUUUAUUAAGACCACUUAUUUUGCGCACUUAAACCACAAGUUAAGCAAUCCGAUAUGCAUGAGAGCUUCCCCGGUAUUGAAAAACAUUUCAGAAAGGUGGGUCAUACCAGUUCCCUUGCAAAAACGGUACUCGCAUCUCUGAGUAUGAGUGAAAAAGUGCGUAUGUACAUUUGUAUGUGGAAGUUAGCGAAAGAGGCGUCAGCAAUGAGCGCACGCUCGUAUACAUUCUCCCACUUAUUUCAUGUGACAAUAAUUUAGUAAAAUUUUUAUGCGCCCAUAUGUAAAUAAUUGCUCAUAAAAAGUACAUUUUGACAUAAUUGCACGCUGCGUCCUUGGUGGUUUGUUGGGCGUGCCAAAAAACAAAAAAUACCUAAAAGGCUUGUACGAGUAUACAA